AUGGCCAUCCAAAAGAACAAGAAAAUAAGUGUCGGAGCCAAGCUUCGAAAAAAGUUAAUUUCUACUAGAACCAUUGAAAAGAAUAAAACAUGGAACAAGGCAACGACUAUCAAGAAGGAAGUCAAGAAGGAGAUUUUGAAAAAAGAACAAAGCAAAAUUAAACCAAUGGUAACUCACAAACCAAAGGAGGCCAGUAGUAUGUUUUUCUCCCACAACGAAGCUCUCGGGCCUCCAUAUAGAAUUUUACUUGAUACCAACUUUAUCAACUUCUCGAUUCAGAACAAAUUAGAUAUUGUAAAAGCCAGCAUGGAUUGUCUCUAUGCCAAGUGCAUUCCUUGCAUUACAGAUUGUGUCAUUGCGGAGUUGGAAAAAUUAGGUACAAAAUUUAAAGUAGCUUUGAGAGCUGCCAAAGAUCCUCGAUUUGUUCGAUUGAAAUGCACUCACAAAGGUUGCUAUGCGGAUGACUGUAUUGUGAAUAGAGUGAGCGCUAACCCAGUUUAUGUGGUAGGCACUUGUGACAAGGAUUUAAAAAAAAGAUUAAGAAAAAUUCCUGGAGUGCCACUCAUGUACAUUCGCAACAGACAAUACACUGUUGAAAGAUUACCUGAUGUAGACAAACUGAGUGGUGGUUUGUAA